AUGGUCUCGCGAAAGCGCACCCGUUCCGAGGCGGACGCUGCCCCCCAGCAGCCCCCGGAGGAAUCUAAUAUACUUGAUCGCCUUCGGAGUUGCUGGGAGUUUGCCAAUCUUAUGCAAUACAUCGCCAUCUUCGGAAAACUUAUGAAGAUUGAUGAGGAUUUCGGGAUCGAUGACCUAGAGACCGAAUGCCUGAAACCCGAAUCGUCAGAAAAGCUGCUGGAAAUUGGGCUGUGUCUACUCAAAUGGGUCUCGUCACAUCGCGGCCUAACAUUUGAUAAUUUCGACGAGUACACGCGACGCCAGUACAAUGCCAAAGCCCCUCAUAUCCCUAACCCCUUCGGCCACGACGAGGUCCCGAACAAAUUCUCCGAAUUCGAUGUCUUCUUGAAACUUCGCGUGCUCCACCAGCUGUCCGUGUGGACUUUCUGGAACCCCGAUCGCCUUCGCGACAAGAUGCCCGAACAAAGGGAACUUGACCAGACGCAAUGGCGAAUCGAAGAAGUAGGGUACGAUCGUGACGGUCGCUACUACUACAUUCUAGACGAUAAUAGACUCUACCGUCGCACCGACCCUCCCCUCCCUCCCCCCAAACCGGCCAAAGCAAAGACCAAGCGGAAGAGUGCCCGAGCCAUGAGGGCGUCGAAGCGGAGAAAGGUCUCGGGGGUAGCCUUCGACAACGAUUCUUCGGACGAGGACAAUAAGAACACCGCGGACGGUGACGCUUUUCGGGAUCCAUUUGCAGAGAUGCAGUGGGAGUGCGUUGCAAUCACCCUUUCGGACUACCAGCAGUUUUUGGCUUCCAUUCAGAAGACGAAGGAUGCCGAUGAGAAAAUCCUGAGAGGCCGCAUUGAAGAGGAUGUCAUGCCGGUGAUCGAGAAGGAAGAAGAGUCACAACAACGACAGAAGGUCAAGCGCGAAAAGGAGCUUUUCAACCUGCAACUGCUGGCCGGCGCUAAGCGCUCGAGCCGUAUUGCUGGAAAGGCCGAGAAAGAGCGACACGACCGUGAAGCGGAGGAAGCAGCACGCAAGAAGGAAGCAGAUGCCGUUGCAGCCCGCAAGGCCGAAGAGAAUAAACCAAAGAUCGAAGAGGAGCGACGAUCACGAAUGCAGACCCGUGAAGAGCGCAUUAAGGAACGGGAAAAGAAGCGCCUGUUACAUGAGACCGAAUUGCAGAGGAUAGAGGAGGAGCAGCAGAAACUAGAACGCGGCGAAAGUCGGGUCUCUGAAAGGCAGUUGAAGGCGGAGUUGGAAAAGCAGCGCAAGAAUCUAGAAGGGCUCUCUCAGGAAGACGAGUGGAUCUUUGAUUGCUCCGGCUGCGGCGUGCAUGGAGAAAACCUGGACGAUGGCUCCCAUAGCGUCGCCUGCGAGAAGUGCAGCGUGUGGCAGCACAGCAAAUGCCUUGGGAUCGGGCAGGAUGAAGCAGAGCGCGAGGAUUUUCAUUUUGUCUGUCUCGACUGCAAGCGGCGAGAAGAGGAAGCGAAGAAGCCCAAGCUCCCACCGUUGAAGUUCCGAGUUGGCUCCUCUCCGCCAUCAGCGACCGAUGUCGAGAAGACUCAUCCCAAACCCAUUGCGCAUACUUUUGUACCGUAUCAACCUGAGGCUCAUCGCUCUCCCUCGAAGGCCUCAAAUACGUCUCCAUCGAAACCACCUUCAAUGCAACCGUCUCUGCCACCGCAGCAUGCGACACAGUCUGUCCCGUUCCCUCUUUCGCCCGAACGGCGGCCUCAGUCUGCCCAUAUAGCCUCGCUCGGUUCCCCUCGAGGCCCGUUCUCGCCGACCAAGGGUGCCAAUAGACACACGCCAUCGAGGAAUCAACUGCCCAAACUUCCGUCAAUCCAGCAAACCGCUCAUCUUCCGCCCAAUGAUGGACCUCCGAACGGCGGCUCGCUCUCCCAACGGCCCUCGUCAUCCCAUUCUGUUCACAGUCAGAAUAUGGCCUCGCCCAUCCAGAAUCGUCCAUCGAUGUCCCCGACCCAGGGUAAUCGUGACGUCGGUCCUCUCGCAGGAUUCCCACCUUCGGCCGCCUCGACAGAGAGUCCAGCUCCGUGGACACCCUACCGGCCGCAACAAGUUGCCCGGCCAGGCAGCGGCAACUAUGCAUCUUUCUCGUCGCUUCACAAUGGGCAUCCAUCUCUCUUGGCUACCCCUGGGAGCCAGUCCUCUCCUCCGCAAAGCUCACACGGCGUGCCGUUUUCGGGGAUCAGCCCGACCAAGCAGUCUCCUCGGCCUAUGACCUCGGGCAGCAUCGCGGGAGCACCUGUCUUGCCUCCUAUCCAGAAACUUGAACCGAGUCCCAAGUUGAUGGGACGGAGUUCGCCGGAUGCCCCCAUCCCGGCGCCGGUCAAGUGCAUGACACCAGAGCAGGAAGAACGUCGACAACGGGAGAACGCGCUGAUGUUCCACAAUCAGCCACAGGCUGUGUCCAAUGGACAACACUCUGCGAUGUCGUCCCCGUCCCUCAAUCGAAUCCCUCCUCUCGGACCGUCGGCCAUGGCGCCCCGACCGGAUGCUCAGCGUGAUGCGACGAAUGGGCAGUCGUGA